AUGCAUUUCUCCACCACUAUUACCGCCUUGUCCGCUUUCGCUGUCAUGAGCACCAGCGUGAGUGCCUUCCAGGCCGACUUCGACACCUGGGACGUCACCACCUGCGACGGCCUUGGCACUCUGCCACAUCUUCACCACUACCCAACGGUUCAAGCGAACGUAUGCGGGGACCUACCCAACGCUAGGAGCAUCAGAGUCAACUAUUUGGAGGGCAACUGCCAAGUGAACACUUACUCUGAACCGAAUUGCAUGGGUGUCUUUACUUCGUACAAGAAAGAGAGCAACUACGCCCUAUCAUGCAAGCCUGUUGAUGGCAAAGUGAGCUACAAGGUUACUUGCUAG